AAUUGCACAUUAGGCCACUGUGGCUAAAUACAGACAAUAGACUGUGCAAACUCAUUUGUGCAGCUUCAGUCUCCAGUUCUAUAAGUGCAGAGCAACCCACCGACUGGGCCCAGUAUUCCAAGCAAGCAAACCAGACCAGCCUCUCUCAGUACAGUGCAGUGCAGUAUGAUGCUCACCUACCCUCCCUUCAUGCAGAGACCUGCAGCCUGCAGCUUCCCUACAGCAACACAACAGUUCAUACUGAGCCCUCACAUUGGAGUCACAGUGCAGGCACCUCAACCAUCAACCAUUGCCAGUCCCAAGCAAAGGAAAACAGAAGAGAAAUGUUCCUUCUCCAUAGCCAGUAUUCUGAGUGAUAAGAAGAGUCCCUCCUCAUCUCCAGUGACUCCUCUAUCGUCUAAACCAGUUAAUCAGUUCUUCUAUCUCUACCCACCUCCCUCUCAACUGCAGCCGACUGGACACUAUCCUUUCCAAUCUCUCGACAAUGACCUCCUGCAUAGAGGCUUGCACGGCAGACUAACAGCUCCAGUGGCUGUCAUCAGCGAGAUUGUGCGAAAUGCUGAGCAUCUUGAUGGACCUCAUUUAUUGAGCCACAGACGAAGAAAGAGAAAAUUAAGAACUGUCUUCACAGAGAAACAACUCGACGGUUUGGAGUCGAAAUUUGCCGAUAAGAAAUAUCUAAGUGUCCCGGAUCGUAUGGAACUGGCUAGUCGACUGGAACUGAGUGAAACACAAGUUAAGACGUGGUUUCAAAAUAGACGAAUGAAGUGCAAAAAACAGCAAGCAUUGGAAACAGAACCAGAAGAUGCAAUGACGAUGGGUCCUCCUUCUGGGAAGAAAAUGAAAUGUGAGCGAAGUGAUUGUGAAAGUGAUUCUGAGCUGGAUGAUUGCUCCAGCCGUGGCUCUACCAGCGACCUCACUGAACAAUCUGAACUAGACUCUUCUUUAUAGUAUAUCCUGUACGUGUGUCUGUGUCUGUGUAGCUCUGUAGCUCAUGUGUGUUCACCUCUCUCUCUAUAGUAAUCAUCACUUGCAGUUGAUCUGCAACUGUCACCAUUAUACUAUUAUUAUCUCUUCA